GCGUUAAUUAUUACCGUUCGCUCUUUUUAUCGUGCUCAUUUCUCGCGGCGAUAAGAUUAGAACAGUCAUAUGUCGCACUGCAGCGCCACUUUUGUUAAGAAAUCGUCCUUUAAAUUUUUGCUUGGCAAUUGAAUAACAAAGUAAACGUUAUUUCAUGCGGAAAAGAAGGAAAGUGAUGUUGAAAAUAAGUGUUGUGGUGUUUCGAUAUGAGAGACUAUCGUUCAACAACAGUCAUGCAUAACGUUAGGCCACUGGAAUUAAUUUCAAGGAUUAGUGAGCCGCAUCGAAGUCGGUCAUCCUCUUGGUCAUCAUGGAGACGAAACAAUGAUCUGCAGAGAUCGGAACCUCGAUUCUCUUUGCAAUAUCAGACGGACGAGAACAGUUUUCUUCUUCGUCUGAAGAUAAUCGGCGCUUUCUCAUUAGCUAAGAAGGACAUCUUUGGUGCUAGUGAUCCGUACGUACGCGUGGAGCUACAGAAGAUAGACGGUGACGUCACUGUAGAAACCUUCCUCACCAAGACCAAGAAAAAGACCUUGAACCCAGUAUGGAAUCAAGAGUUCAUUUUCAGAGUGAAACCACAGGAGCAGAAGUUACUAAUCCAGGUAUUCGAUGAGAAUAGACUGACGAGGGAUGACUUCCUGGGCAUGGUGGAGAUCCCGCUGGCGGGCGCGCCCACCGAGUCCGCCGCCGCGCCGCGCCCUCCACCCGCUAAGUACCCCCUCCGUCCGCGCAGGUCUGUUGCCAGGUCGCGUGUGCGGGGCCACAUCGAGGUGUACGCGGCGCUGGUGGGCCGUGUGGGCGAGACGGAGGAUGAGAGCGAGGCGAGUCCUGCGCCCGCCGCCGACGGCUGGGAGAUGGUGGAACCUGAAGCGCAGACCGGCACCGUGCAACCGGUUGGCACGAUCAUUCAGACGGUACCCUCGUUUACCGGUGACGAUGAAUGGGAGUUGGUGGAGACGGCUUACUUGAACCAUUUAACGAUUGGUGGUGACCCGCUGCCGCCUGGCUGGGAGGAGCGGCAGGACGCUAACGGACGCACCUAUUAUGUCAACCAUAUAGCCAGGUCCACGCAAUGGGAACGUCCUACAUUCACUCGCAAUAUAAGUACGGAAACUCAAGCGGAGCGCAUGGAGACAGCGGCCACGGAGUUCCAGAGGCGGUUCCACAUCUCAGCUGACGACGAGCACACUAACAGCCCGCAGACCGGCAACCACCAGGAGGAUAUGAGCGAUAGACGAGCGGACAGUACCUCCACUGAAGUGACACCGUUCUCUACGCCGGUGCGCUCGCCUGAACCAGCAAACGCGUCAGCAACCGCGCCCAAUGUUCCUACAGACACAUCUAAUUUAAGCAACGACUGUGAUACUAAUAUAAGAGAAGAUGAUGACGUCGUAGAUGCUCCGACGAGCGCAAACGCAGAUGUAGAUAAUGUAGUGACAACUGAAGAAACUGUAGCAACUGAAGCAACGAAUGUGAAUACAACGGAACAUGCUCAAGAUACAAGUGACAAUGAAAUAGCUAGUACUAGUCAAAUUAAUAAUAUAGAAAACGUCGCAGAUGAUACGGAAGCAACAAUUAACAACGAAAAUGACGAAUUGGUUAGACAACAAAGUAACGAGGACGCGCAGUCUCAGAGCACGGCGGAGACUAACGCAAGCGAGGAAGCUAAUGACAAUGUUGAAGAAGUACGAGUUAACGGCGAUGAAGUAACGCCAGCGGCAGAUGAUGAUGAUGAUGAAGUGGAAUUGAUAGAAAUAGUAGCAGAGUCUUUGACGUUUGAUGAGAACCACUUUAGUACUCCGACGGGAGGCAGUCCCGAGGGCCGGUCGCCGACCUCCCGCCGCCGGAGGACCACUGCCAGCUCCAUGGAUGACUCGGAGGACGAAACAGACGCGUCCACCGAAAGUACGAGAAGCAGUAGUGCCAGCUCUCAGAGUCAGAAUCUGCCGAAUAGCGAUGGGUUGCCGCCAGGCUGGAGCAUGCAGAGAGCACCCAAUGGAAGAAUAUUUUUCAUUGACCACAAUCAGAAAACAACAACAUGGAUCGACCCUAGAACAGGCUGCGCAUCCAGCUUGCCAACAGCGGCGGGCAGCAGCAGCGCGGCGGAGGCGGACGAGCUGGGCGCGCUGCCCGAGGGCUGGGAGGAGCGCGUGCACACAGCUUUCUUCAUCCGUCCGUUCUACAAGAUGAUGUUGGGCAAGUCUAUAGCGCUGCAGGACAUGGAGUCUGUCGACCUCGAGUACUACAACUCUCUCAUGUGGAUCAAGGAAAACGAUCCGUCCGAGCUGUACCUGACGUUCUCAGUGGACGAGGAGCAGCUGGGCAAGACGGUGCAGCGCGAGCUGAAGCCCGGCGGCGCCAACAUACCUGUUGAUAAUGAUAACAAGUUCGAAUACAUCAAAUUGGUGAUCCAGUGGCGUUUCGUGAGCCGGGUGCAGGAGCAGAUGUGCGCCUUCCUGGAGGGUUUCGACGGUCUGGUGCCGCUGCCUCUGCUGAAGAUCUUCGACGAGAACGAGCUGGAGCUGCUGGUGUGCGGCAUCCAGCACAUCGACGUGCGCGACUGGCGCGCCAACACGCUCUACAAGGGCGACUACCACGCCAACCAUCUCGUCGUGCAGUGGUUCUGGAGGGUGGUGCUAUCGUUUUCGAAUGAGAUGCGUUCCCGGCUGCUGCAGUUCGUGACGGGCACAUCGCGUGUGCCAAUGAACGGCUUCAAGGAGCUGUACGGCUCCAACGGACCCCAACUCUUCACCAUCGAGAAGUGGGGCACCCCUGACAACUACCCCAGAGCGCAUACAUGUUUCAACCGCAUCGACCUGCCGCCGUACGAGAGCUACCAGCAGCUGCGGGAGAAGCUGAUAAAGGCCAUCGAGGGGUCGCAGGGCUUCGCGGGCGUCGACUGAGGGCCGGCGCAUGCGCUGCGCUCGCUGGCGCGUCGUCUGCUGCUGCCCCGCCCCCGACACCGCCCGCUGCCCCGCCCACUGCCCCGCCCACACACAACGCCCCUCUGACACACACACUACAGAUUUACCAACGUAUACAUCACUAAGUGCCACCUAUCUUUAUCACUUUAAAUAUUUCACAUUCGUGUAAUUACUAUUUUAAAGCUUUUACAGAUUCUAAAACUAAAAUAUUUACUAAUCCAUGGUUUAUAGUCAAGUUAAAAACGUUCACUUUACCAUCCUACCUAUAUAACCUACGUGAAAACAGUUACAUAAACAUUACAUAAUGUAAUACAUAAUAAUAAACUUUAUAUAUAAAUAUACAUAUGACGAAAAACUUUAAAGUAACAGUUUAUAGUCAUACUAUAAACGUUAUUUCACAUAAAGUAUUCAACAAAAGCAAUAAGUUCCUUAAUAUCUUAUAUACAGUAACCGCGUGCUAGUAAAGACAGCUUUGUUAGUCAGAUUUUAGGCAAAAUAGAAUAUAACGAAAAAGUUACAAUAUUUAGUAUGAUAUGUUAUGUCAUAGUUUCAAAAGAGAUGAGACAACGAAUUUAUAACUAACUGUAAUUGCUAAUUGUCAAUUUACAUGAGCAAGCCUUUUUAAAUUGUAGAGAUUAAAAAGAACAAAUUUUAAUAUUGAUUGCAUUCGCAAAAUCUUUUCACUAAAAUAGAUUUUAAUGAAGCUU